AUGGCGUCUGGACUAAUUUUUGACUACCGUACACUUCUACGGACCGCCCCACUUAUAACCUCCACCUGUACACUCUGGUACUCUUUCGACCAGGAUUUUUUCCUGAACGUCUUCCUCCACCCCGAUCACCGUACCCGCAGCAAUGAAUUUCUGCCAUCCUAUUUCCGGGCCUUCUUCGGCUACGGUACCGUGCGCGUGCUAGCCCUCCUCACGCUGACCUUGACGGGAGGCGGAUACAAUAUCUUGACGGAGCGGCGGUCGGCAUUGGGUAGCUCAGCUUCCCUACCUUGGUAUACUGCUGGCACGAUAUUGGCCGCUAGCCACCUUCUAUUUGUGCCGGCUAUUGCGCCUAAGGUCCAGGCUGUGAUCGAGGAUACAUCGAAGGGCUCAUCGACGAAGGACCUUGAGGGCUGGCUGACCGUCCACCGUGUGCGUACGUGGACAGUUGAUCUGGCUUCGUGGGCUUGUUUUGCAGUUGGCAUGUCAAUUGUUGAGUGA